AGAUAUCAGAUUUGUAGCUAGUGACUAUAAAAGCAUAGCGCACUUGCAUAUCUCAUUAGUUCUGUUUCGUUCUCAGAUAACAACCAACUACCUCAACAUGAAAUUCGUGAUUGUUCUUGCUUGCCUUUUGGCCGUCGCCUGUGCUGUCGAUGAGCGUUCUGCUGUUACCACUGAGGAGCGCGUCCAGGUUAAUCCCGAUGGCUUCAACUACAAUGUUGAGACCUCCAACGGCAUUGAACUGAACCAGCAAGGAAAGGUUGAUGAGCACACAAACAGUGUCUCCGGCUCUUACAAAUACACCGCUCCUGAUGGCAGCCUCGUCGUGGUCACCUACACUGCCGAUGAGAACGGUUACAAGGCCGACGUUAAGGUUUAAAAUGCUUGAAAACAAAAACAAAAACAAUUAUCAAUAAAUUGCAUGGAAAAAAACUAAAA